CUCUUUACAACAAAGAAGGUGUUAUUAUCCCACUUACCUGCGAGGAAGCCAGAGCUCAGGGAGGCUUGGAAACUUCCUCGCUUCUCAGUUUAUCACUAACCCCGGUUGUGUCUGACUCCACAGCUCCUACUGUCACUCCACUGAAAGGUGUGUUUGAACCUCACAGCCCCUGUGGUCGGGAGUCGUCGGUUGGGCCUCCAGUGAUUGAACCAGAAGAGUUUAGGGGCCUUUCUCAACUCUGUCCACUGACUCUCAUUUUACAAUAUCCUUCAAAUGAAAAUACAGGAAGCUCGUGGUCCUCUCUCCUAGGUUUGCCCCAGCCACAUCCUGCCCUCCCCAGCUCUGCAUUAUGGAUGGAGUGAAUCAUCUGGUAAAUAAUUCACGAGUCAUCGAGGUACUGAGGGUAACAGGAGAGCAGGGGUGGAGGCAUGGGCAGGGCUGGAGUUGGCAACCUGAGCCAGACCCCCAUCCUCCCAAGGCUGGGCUCUGCUCUGAGUAGAAGGGGCCCACAGUCAGGCAAGAGCCUCAGGUGGGCGGCCACUAGGGAGAUGGGGCCAUGGUGGGUCAGAGGGCCCAGCACCAACCGGCCAGCCUCCUGCUGCUGUUACACCUCUGCCUUCUACAUCUGAGGGCCUCAGGCCAGCCCCACCCGACCCCCGACUCCCCUGCAGAGGAGGUGGUGUCCGUCCAGGGAGUGCGAGGCGGCUCUGUGGAGCUGGCCUGUAGCUCCGGGCCUGCCCCACUGCUGAUCCUCUGGAGCUUCACCCCCAUGGGCUCUCUGGUUCCCCGGCCAGUGGCCAUCACGGAUGGAGCCAUGUCCAAGGUGGAGGCCGUAGCCUCAGCUCUGGGAGUCGUGAGUCUCAGGAACAGCAGCCUGGUGCUGGGGGAGCUUCGCGAGGGUGCCCGCGGCCACUUCCUGUGCCAGGUUCUGCACGUGGCCAGCGGCCAGCUCCACACCACCUACUCCCACCUUAUGCUGGCUGUGCUUGUGCCGGUGUCCAAGCCUCAAGUGCGACUGAGUAACCCAUCUCCUGUGGAGGGAGCCUCCGUGGUGGCCACGUGUGCAGUGCGGGAGGGCACAGAGCCCGUGACCUUUGCCUGGCAGCAUCGGGCAUCCCGAGGCCUUGGAGAGGCCCUGGUGGGGGUCACGGAACCACUAUUCCAGCUGGACCCUGUCAACCGGACGCACCUGGGCUGGUACAUGUGCAGUGCUCGCAACUCCGUGAACAGGCUGAGCAGUGAUGGGGCCUUCCUGGACGUCAUCUAUGGUCCUGACAAGCCUGUGAUCACCGUGGAGCCAUUGGGACUCACGGAGGAGGGUUUCUGGGCCAGUGAGAAGGAAGAGGUGACCUUGAGCUGCCUGGCUGCUUCCAACCCUCCUAGUCACUAUGUGUGGCUCCGUGACCACACGCAAGUCCACACGGGGCCUACCUACGUCAUCACCAGAGCUGGCCGUGCCCACACAGGCCUGUACACCUGCCUGGCCCGCAACAGUUACCUGGACACCCGCACCCAGACUACUGUCCAGCUCACCAUCUACUAUCCCCCUGAGGGGCAGCCCUCCUGUGCAGUGCUUCCCAGCCCUGGGGCUGUGACUCUGCUCUGCACCUGGCCUGGGGGGCUUCCACCUGCCCAGUUGCAGUGGGAAGGGCCCCAGGGACCUGGCCCUACUGCCCCCAGCAACGUCACCUGGAGUCAUGCAGCCACCCAGCUCCCCAGUGGCAGCGUCUUCACCUGUACUGGCCAGCACCCAGCCCUGACACCAUCUGCCCUCUGCACGGUCGUGCUCUGGGAACCUCUUGGGAGGCCUACCUGCGGGAGCACAGCCACGAUGGGGGACCAGUUCAUCAUGCUGAGUUGUGAGUGGCCUGGCGGCGAGCCCCCAGCCAUGCUGGGCUGGCUUGAUGAACAGCAGCAGCCCCUGGGCGGCAGCAGCUCCUCGAUGGCUGUUCACCUCCUGCAGGCCCAGGAAGAUCUGGCUGGCCGAGAGUUCACCUGCCAGGGCACUCACCUGCUCAGGACCCCUGACCCCCACUGCCACCUCCGGCUGGAAGCCCCACAGUUGGACGUGGCUGAGUCCCGGGUGUCAGUGUUUGAGGGGGGAGAGGCCUGGCUGGAGUGCUCUCUCCGGCAGGGCACACCACCUGCCCAGCUCCUCUGGCUGGGACCUCAGCAACACCAGGUGGAGCCGGACACUUUGGGAUUCAUGCUGCACCCCGAGCGUACCCAGCUGCGCCUGGGCAUCCGCAAUGCUGACCCAACACGCCACAGGGGCACCUACCAAUGCGUGGCCCGCAACGCAGUGGGCAACAGCAGUCGGAGCGUGCUGCUGGAGGUCCUGAGAUAUCCAGCUCCUCCCAACGUCACCAUCAGACGCCUGACCUAUGGGAGGCACCGGAGGGAGGUGCAGCUUCAAUGGGCCAUCACAGGCCCUGGGAACCUGACGGGCUUCCUGGUGCAGCGGAAAGCCAGUGCCCUGGGCCCAGGAGCUGGGGCUUGGGAGAUAGCAGCUAGCGACAUCGAGCCGGAGAGCCGAGGCCGGCGGCUGGGAGGCUUGGACCCUGGGGUCCUUUAUGCCUUCCGCAUCCUGGCUCUGAAUCACCACACUGCAGGACACCCCUCUGAGGUGAAGAUACCAGCGGACCCCCCCUUCAGCGCCUAUCCAGCGGUGUUGGGUGCAGCAGGCACAGGAAUGGUGGUGGCCACGGUGGCCUCUCUACUGGUGUUCCAGUAUGCUGCCCGGCACCCGGAGACUUUCCCUCGCCUUGGUCAACUGCUUGUUCCCAUGGAGCAAAGGCACCAACAGAGGGGUUCAAGAGAAGACGCUGAGGCGCAGGCAGGCCUUGAAACACCAACCGCCACCCCAGGUUUGGAUCCUGCACAAGAAACCACAGAUGCUCCAGUGAAUGUCACCAUAACCGUGACUGCAACACCAUGAGGCCCAAAGAGGAAGAGUGCAAGGCCCAGCUGCAGUGCCCCUAAGUGACACGGUUACAAGACAAGCCCUGGCCCAACCUGUGGAAGACAGAGGUGGCAGGACGAGGAGGACCCACAGCUGGGAGAGAAAGAUUACUGAGUGUCUGAGGGCAAGUGAAAGCCAUGGUACUGGGAACCGUUUCUGGUGCUAGAGAAGUAUGAGCAAAUCAGCUGCUUCCAGAAAAAAAGUCUGUGGAUGGAGCAAUUCCUAAAUAAAUCAUAGCUGAUG